AUGGUCUCCGAAGAGAAUAUCGGGUACAUCGAGCCCGAGCGGUUUAGCGACGUCGACUCGGCGCUGGGCGACGAUCUGAUCUCAGAAUCCGACACCGAGUCGCUCCGGUCUAGCCUGCUGCAGAGCGUGUACGAGAACGGACGCGGCUACCACAAGUACAAGGACGGGCUGUACUUCAUGCCCGAUGACGAACGCGAACAGGAGCGCCUGGACAUGCAGCAUGAGAUCUUCCUACACACCAUGAACAACAAACUGCUGGCGGCCCCGGUCGCCGCAUCUGACGCCGCGCUGGACGUGCUCGACAUCGGCACCGGCACCGGCAUCUGGGCGAUUCACUUUGCCGACGAGAACCCGCGGUCGACGGUGCUGGGGACGGACCUCAGCCCGAUCCAGCCCUCAUUUGUGCCACCGAACUGCAAGUUCGAGGUAGACGACUUCGAACAGACGUGGUGCUUCCCGCAGAAAUUCGACCUCGUGCACGGCCGCAUGCUCGCCGGCUCCCUGGCAGAUCCCCUCAAGCUGCUACAGCAGGCGUACCAGGCGCUCAAGCCGGGGGGGUGGGUCGAGCUGCAGGACUUCGCGUUCCCCGUGCGGGCGGACGACGGGACCAUGGCGGGCACGGCGUUCGAGCGGCUCAACGAGUUGCUGGUGGCGGGCCUGCACGCACUGAACCGCGACGGCGCCUGGGCCGCCCGGUACAAGGAGCUCAUGGAGCGGGCGGGCUUCGCCAACGUCGUGGAGAUCCGCUACAAAUGGCCGCAGAAUCGCUGGCCCAAAGACCCGCACCUCAAGAAGAUCGGCCACUGGAACAUGGUCAACACCCUCGACGGGCUGCACGCCUUCUCUGCCCGCCUGUGUACCAAGGUGCUCGGCAUGGGCGUGGACGAGUUCGAGGUGCUGCUGGCCGAGUCAAGGAACGACAUUCGCAACCCCAAGAUCCAUGCCUACUGGCCUAUGUAA